GGAAUAUGAUUUCAAGUAUGGCGGAUUGGCCAUUGAAUGAAGGAACGUGGAACGCAGGAAAUGGAGCAGAUCAGUGAUCCAAGAUGGUGCUCGAAAGUACUAUGAUAUGUGUCGACAACAGCGACUAUAUGAGAAAUGGUGAUUUCCUGCCAACUAGAUUACAGGCCCAACAAGAUGCUGUUAAUUUAGUCUGCCAUUCAAAAACUCGUUCAAAUCCUGAAAAUAAUGUUGGCCUUAUCACUCUCGCCAAUGUUGAGGUACUUGCAACAUUAACCAGUGACGUGGGACGAAUUUUAUCAAAACUUCACCAGGUUCAACCUAAUGGAAAUUUAAGUCUCAUUACUGGUAUUAGAAUCGCGCAUCUGGCACUAAAACACCGUCAAGGAAAGAAUCACAAGAUGCGCAUAGUAGCUUUUGUGGGUAGUCCUAUCCAGAUAGAUGAAAAGGAACUAGUUAAACUAGCUAAACGUCUGAAAAAAGAGAAGGUCAACGUCGACAUUGUAAGCUUUGGGGAGGAGAGCGUAAAUCAUGACGUCCUUGCAGCAUUUAUAGAUGCACUCAAUGGAAAGGAUGGCACUGGUAGCCAUCUUGUAACAAUUCCUCCAGGUCCCCAUUUGUCAGAUGCUUUAAUUUCGUCACCGAUAAUUCAGGGUGAGGAUGGUAUGGGUCCACCAGGUCCAGCAGCCUUCGAAUUUGGCGUAGAUCCUAACGAAGAUCCAGAACUGGCAUUGGCUCUUCGCGUCUCCAUGGAGGAACAGAGGCAGCGUCAGGAAGACGAAGCAAGACGAACACAGGUUGUUGAUUCAUCAGUAAGUAAGCAACCAGAAACCAUGAAAGAAGCUCGCAAUCAAGAAGCCAUGUUACAACGCGCUCUAGCUAUGUCUUUGGAAGGAGCCGAUGAUACCCCCGCUCCAGCAGACAAUACUACUUCCGCUGCUGGAAAUGUUCCUGACUUUGCUCACAUGACAGAGGAAGAACAGAUUGCUUUUGCAAUGCAAAUGUCGAUGCAGGAUCAACAAGAACCUGAGACGCAGAAGGAAGAAGCUAUGGAAGUCGAAGAAGACUACGCUGCAGUGAUGUCAGACCCUGCUUUCCUACAAUCUGUCCUAGAGAACUUGCCUGGUGUGGAUCCUCAUUCUGAAGCUGUUCGUCAAGCUGUUGGUUCUUUACAGCAGAAUAAGGACAAGGGCCAAGACAAGGAGAAAGAAAAAGAAAAGGAUAAGGAUAAGGACAAGAAAUGAAAAGCAGACAUUUACAGUUUAACAUUAUUUGAUACUCGUGAUCACUCUUUGUGUAACGUUUACGAACGCCAUGGCGUUUAUUGAAAAUAAUACAUAUAACAGAUUUCUGAUAUUAA